GGGGGGGGAAUCCUUCUGCUUAACCAGCUGUGACACCCCCCCCCCUACUCUGUGCCCUCAUGCCUCCCCUCCCCUCCACAAAAGCAAGCAAGACAAGCAGUAGCAGCAGACUGACAUCAGGCCUGGUCAGCAGUAUCCCUGUUCUCAAAGGGAACCGACAAUCCGACCCACUCUGGGCUGAGAAGGACCCAGCCGUGUAUCACUGCUCGCUUUGUUUCGUUUCGUUUUCGCUUCGUCUAAAAACAGAGGCCAUCGUGUUCUCUCGCUCGUCCUACUGGAUAUUUCAGAACAGCUUUUUCAUCUCUUUGUAUGAAUUUGUACUCAAUGUAUUAUUGUUAUUAUUAUUGUUAUUGUUAUUAUUUUGAUUGUUUUGUUUGUUUGUUUUGUUCGUGGGUGGUUGUACCACCAGAAGAGUUCUACAGCACGGGUGUUGUAUCUCCACUUUCCCUGGAGGGAGGAAACGGAUUUGGACAGUGAUAGGAGACCCGGCCCUUUCUGUUUCAGGGCCUCUCUCAUACUUGUGUUUCCUCUAAAGACACUCUAGACACUCAGAGUUAGCUGCUGGUUGGCCAACUCAAUUUUGAAUGGGGUUUCCAAAUAAAAGAAAAUGAAAUGAUAUAAAUAUGCUCUCUAUCUUAUCUAUCUAAAACUACGAAUACCAGCAUUGUGCAUUCUGGAUAUCGGCACUGUAUCUUGAUAUCAAGUACCUGUCAUGCAUUUAAAUCAAUUUAUUUUGUAUUUUGUUGAUUGUAUUUUAAGUCCAUUUAUUUUGUCAUGUUUAUUUUCCUGUCAGUGUAUAUCUGAAUAGUAUUAUUUUUAUACACCUGUGCGUAUGUCUGAUUGUGUUGGUGUGUGUGAGUGCAUGAGAUAUAGAGAGAAAGGAAGAGAGAUGGAGACAGAAAAAGAGAGUUAAAAAUGUUGUGUGACUCUCUUGCCCUUUUGCAGCUAAUAGCACAUUAGAGUUUGAUGUAGAACCUGCUCAGUUAGUCAGUCAGUCAGAAACCACCCAAUAGGAGCUCCCCUAAUCUAACAAGCCCUCUCUCUGCUGCGCCCCCCCCCCCCCCCCCCCCACACACACACACACACACAUACAAACACACACCAGAAGGGAACUUGAAGUGGUUCCGUGAUACGGUGUUCCCUCUCUCCUGACAGUUAGUCUCGGAAAAGAUCAUGCUCUCGCUGCAGACCCCCGUUACAGAUUGAACUGGAGGAAGUGUUCUAGAUUACACACGGUGACGAGUGAGAUGAGCUGUCUCUCUUAUCAUCCUCUCACUCCCGCUCCCACUCCCUCUCUGGAGGUCUUUCCCUGGCUGACCGUGUGUAGAGUAAUGACAGUUUGCCCCCUGGUGGUAGUGGCAAGCAAAAGCAACUGAAGAGUUUACAGUAGGCUAGAAUUAGGUGGACGGUUGGGGAAUGUUUCCUUUAACUUUCCAUACCUUUUCCAAGAGUGUUUUCGUGUGUGAUUGUUCCAUUUAUUAUUAUUAUUAUGAAUAUUAUUAUUAUUACAGUUAUUUCCCAGUAGUUUAUUUAUGUUUUACCAAACUGUAGUCAUCUUUUAUGUGUUGAUAUUUGCCAUUAUAUUUUGUUACCCUGCUUUAUACUAGGUACAUAACAUAUUUUGUAGCUGCCAGAUAUUUCCCUACCUAAUAUUUUUUAUAAUGCUUUUUAUGAGUGAACGUGUUUUUGGGGGGUGGCGGCGUGUGAAAUGAAGUUGAGUCCAUUGACUGAUGUCUCGCUCACCUUGGCUUUGCCUUUUCUCUUCGAAAGGAAACUCAGAAAUAUGCUGUGCUUUUUUCCCCUUUCCCUGCCCGCGUGUACAUUGUGAUGUAUUUGAAACGUUUGGAUGGCGUAGAUGAAUCCUUGAGAAAUGAAGCUCUUGUUUUUGAAGGAAUAAUGAAUUGAAUUAAAGAAUGCACAUGAAAUAUGAACCACUGGUAGUCUCUGUGUUUCACUGUCAGCCUAGGGUGAGCCUUUACCAAUCAGAAAACAGUCAACUCACUGACAUUAAGAAAUACAGUAGGGGAAAGAUUCUAUACUGUACAAAAUGCAAGUGUAAAAGUGGAUUCCUAGUAAUGCUGAAACUAAUGGGUUUCCAUGCUUCCACUGGGCACAUAUGUGUAACAGGGUCUAAAAUGCUUCCCUGAAUUUCCCUCCCUUCAUGGGUUAAUUCUCUAGCACGGUCAAGGUGCAGAUUAUUGGUUCCCAAGUUUAUUUAGUUACAAUGUUUUGAAGUGGGCGUGAUAAAGUAGUUAUCUCUGUGUUCUUCCUUUCCUCUGUCUCUUUCCAUGGAUGUAUGAGACAGAGGAGCUGAGCGACUGGCUAGUUUCUGUUUGAGUGAUUUUAUUUUCUUCUUUUACAUGUAUCAGGUGGGUCACGUUUUACACGUACGUAUUUUAUGCACGUGUUUGUGCGUGAGAGCUCUUUCCAUGGAUGUAUGAGACAGAGGAGCUGAGCGACUGGCUAGUUUCUGUUUGAGUGAUUUUAUUUUCUUCUUUAACAUGUACCAGAGAGCAAUAGAACGUGCGAAUACCAGGUCGGUGGCUGUGGUUUCCUUUAAACUACACAACGCAGAGUAAGACAGCGAGGGGAAGAUUACCUCCGUUACAUAUGCACCCAGCCAGGGGUGUGCACCUACCCUUGGGGCCUGAGGUGAGAGACCAGGGCCUGGGCAGGAGUUGGUCUCAACUUCACUUAUCUCCACCUUUUCACCGCUGUCUCCGUAUGUAUAUGUCAUCAGACACAUGUAACAUGAGGGCUUUCUUAUGAGAGGAGAAAUCACACGCACAUACACAAUGUCAGAAUCGGAUGCUCAUUCAGGUGAAAUGAGCAUCACCUGAGUUGUCCCCUAGAAUCAGAGGAUUUCUCCAAAUGAAAGGGUGAGAUUUUAGAGUAGAUGUAGAUUUUAGAGUGUUUGAAUCCAGGGGAGUGGAAUUAACCCUCAGACUCAUUACACUUACACGCUCCUUCUGCCAGACCCCAGUUUGGUUUGGACAAUGACUAAGAGUGUAUACCAUACAGAUGAAAAUCACCCUUCUACGGUAACUAAGAUGAUGUGUACACAUUUAGCCCAAUACUACUAUGGCUACGUUUGGAGGUGCUUUUAUCCACAGGAAUGGGGUCAGCCUCAUGAUGUCUCGUGUUGUAUUUUGAUUUACCGGUUUAUUUGAGGUCAAAAUGUAUUUUGCAGACAGACUAUUGGUGCCUUAUCAGUAAAUCGCUAUAUUGUUUAUUUAUUUGUGUUCGUACUUUAUGAAUAUAAGGGCUCAUUUGCGUAAAUCUGGGCAUUGACUAGCAAUUGAUUUAUUUGAAUGUGGUUCCCUCUUGUGGUCAAAAGAAGAGGUUCGUAUUUUUGCUUCGAGGGAAAAGGGAAGGGUUGCAAUGUCCCUCAUGGAUAGUUCAUAUUUACAUAAACAUGUUUUGAGAACAUCUAUGAGACUAAAUCAAACAGAAAACAAAGCCGAAGACUACUAAAUGAUUGUAAUGCACUACUGUCUGUCUGGGUUACAGUCAUCUCACACUGCUAUCCAUUUAGCAUGAUUCAGCUGAUUCAAUAUGACCCGGUUCACAGUUCGAAAACCCAAACCAUUAUCCAAUCUAUAUAUCUCGUAUAAACUAUACAAAUAAACACUGCAAACUGAGUUUCCAGAAAACAGCAAUGUACAUUUUACAUUUUUUGGUUCUAAUGAGAGAUGCAAAAAAAAAAAAGGUAUAGACUUGGGUGCUUUUACAAGGGUAGAUAUUUCAAAAGACACGUUUGUGAAUUUUCAUUACAAGCGAAUACACAAAUGUCCUGUAUGAUGGAAAUAAUAUACAGUUUUCAGAGAGAGAGAUCCUCGCCAACAGCUUCAAUAUUGCCCAAAUAAUAAACAAAAGCCUCUGGGAAGAUGUGAGCGUCUCUGUGAUGCUCUCGUGGUUGAUGUGGCGCAAUCGCAGAUGCUCAAGCGCCCAACUAGGCUACAAACUUCACACUGAAAGGGAACAUAGACAGACCAUCGUCAGCCAUGAGGCAUGGCGCCUGAACAUCACGGCUGGAUAAGUGAAGCGAAGUGAAUUGAAGCAGGGUUGGUCCGCUGGGACCUUGGCGUAGGCUGUGCAGUCCAGCACUCCAAUCUCGCCGAGCUGUCAAACCUGCCGAGAGUGCUGGGCAAAGAGUCCGCGUCGGUUCACCUAUAAUCACGUAUGUUCCUUUUAACAUCCACUUUGACUGCUUAUCGGCACUGAUGAAUUGAAGUUCAACUAUUUCUUUGGACCGUGGAUUGCACCUAGCACCGCAUCACCCAGGGCUGAGAGGAUGGGUAACGGGUCAGUGAAGACGAAGCCUGUGAAGUCCCCUAACGGGCCCCAUGGCUCCAGCGGUCGAGGGAAGGGCUUCCACUCUCACAGGGACCCCAGCGGGGGCCUCGGCUCCAAGAGCACAGCGCAGCACCUCAAGGCCAAGGUGGAGGAGCUAGAGCAGGAACUGAGGCGUCGGGACGAAGAGCUGGACUCGCGGCGUCUCCAGAUGCGCUGCUUGCAGGAGCAGCUGCUUCAUCAGGGCCGUGUCAUCGGGGAGCUCACUGAGCAGCUCCAGGCCCACAGCCUCCAGCUGGGCCAGCUCCAGGCCGGGCCCCAGCCCCCCACGCCACCCAGGGCCCGGCACGACUCGCUACGGGCCGCCCUGGACCGCAGGAGAGGGGCCAAAGCCGGUGUGUCGGCCGAGCCGUCGUCCAGGACGUAUGAUUCGGGCUCACUGCCGCAGUUCAGCCUGGAGAAAGCCCGCGUGUGGAAGGAGGCCAGUGUGAAGAAGCAGAUCACGGACUCCCUGAACAAGAACCUGUACCUGAGGAAGCUGGAGGCUCAGCAGAUCAGAGACAUGGUGGAGUGCAUGUACGAGAGGAGCUUCCAGCAGGGCGACUACGCCAUCAAGCAGGGGGAGCCCGGCAACCACUUGUUCGUGCUGGCAGAUGGCAGUCUGGAGGUAUACCAACACAGUCAGCUGCUCUCAUCCAUCCCGGUGUGGAGCACCUUUGGGGAGCUGGCCCUCCUCUACAACUGCACCCGCACCGCCUCAGUUAGAGCUGUGACUUGUGUGAAGACAUGGGCACUGGAUCGUGAGGUGUUCCAUAACAUCAUGCGCAUGACUGCAGAGACCCGACAUGAACAACAUCGCAACUUCCUCAGGAGUGUUUCUCUGUUGGCAAACCUACCUGAAGACAAGCUCAGUAAAAUUGUGGAUUGUUUGGAAGUGGAAUAUUACGACAAGGGAGACCACAUCAUCCGAGAGGGAGAGGAGGGCAACACCUUCUACAUCAUCUCCAAGGGAAAGGUGAAGGUCACCCAGAGCACAGAGGACCACGCCGAGCCUCAGGUCAUCAACACGCUGCAGAGGGGAGACUACUUCGGGGAGAAGGCCCUGAUCAGUGAUGAUGUGAGAUCAGCCAAUAUCAUAGCAGACGAGGAUGGAGUGGAAUGUCUUGUUAUUGAUCGGGAAACUUUCAAUCAGACUGUAGGGACGUUUAGUGAGCUUCAGAAGUACCUACAGGGCUACGUGGAGACACUGGACCGAGAUGACAAGAAGAGACAUGCUAAGAAGUUGAGUUCUACCCUGCCCAGCCCUCCGCUCUCCCCUGGGCUCAUCGAGCUCACCGAGACCGAGACCAACCCGGGCUCCGCACCUCGCCUCAGCAGCCUGGAGGUCAUCACCACACUGGGGGUCGGCGGGUUCGGACGCGUGGAGCUGGUGAAGGUGAAGAACGAGGAAGUGACCUUUGCCCUGAAGCGCAUCAAGAAGGCCCACGUGGUUGAGAACAAGCAGGAGGAGCACAUCCACUCUGAAAGGAGGAUACUGACGGAGGCCGACUCACCUUUCAUCAUCAAGCUCCACCGAACCUACAGGGACAACAAGUAUGUUUACAUGCUUCUGGAGGCCUGCUUAGGGGGAGAGAUCUGGAGUCUCCUCAGAGACAGGGGAAGCUUUGAUGAGCACACGGCCAGGUUUUGUGUGGGUUGUGUGACUGAAGCCUUCGACUACCUCCACCACAAGGGCAUCAUCUACAGAGACCUGAAGCCAGAGAAUCUCAUGCUGGAUGCGGACGGAUACAUUAAAUUGGUUGACUUUGGCUUCGCUAAGAAGAUGAAGUGCGGCCAGAAGACGUGGACGUUCUGCGGCACCCCUGAGUACGUGGCCCCCGAGAUCAUCCUGAACAAGGGCCACAGCUUCAGCGUGGACUUCUGGUCCCUGGGCAUCCUGGUCUUUGAGAUCCUCACAGGGAGCCCCCCAUUCAGCGGUACAGACCAGAUGAUCACCUACACCUUCAUCCUGAGGGGCAUCGAGUCGCUGGACUUCCCCAAGAGAAUCACCAAGAGGCCGGCAGACCUAAUCCGCAAGCUGUGCAGACAGAAUCCAUCUGAGCGUCUGGGAAACCUGAAGAAUGGAAUCACAGACAUCAAGAAGCACAGAUGGUUCAGUGGCUUCAGCUGGUCUGGGCUGAAGAACAGGACUCUGAAAUCCCCUCUGAAGAGGGAGCUGACGGGAACCACAGACCACAGCUACUUUGACACGUAUCCACCUGACGAGGACACCCCCCCAGACGAGCUCUCUGGCUGGGAUAUGGACUUCUGAGAGUCUGUAGGCUAGUUCUCACUCCUUCUGUCUGUCUGUCUGUCUGUCUGUCUGUCUGUCUCUCUUUCUCUCUUUCUCUCUCUCUCUCUUACAGUGUCUAACCACCCGAAACCCGGCCGUGUUACCUAUGGCUAUGCCGGCCAUUACUGAAGGGUGUGUUAAGGACAGACAUAGGCAUAGUUAUUGCUGCUGCCACAGGCUUAGUGUCACAGCUCUCCAUCAGAUGCCAGCUCUGAGAGGCUUCAGGACAGACAAAGGACUGCAGAAAGUCAUCCUAAAGUCCCCUCCCAAAGCCAGUCAUCUCAAUGCUACUCCAACCUCCCGGCUUUUACAGGGCUCUCAAAGGAUGCAGUCCGAGAUGGAUGAUUGCAUCUUAUGUACUACAUCUUCAUGACCUUUGGGACAGAUGGACAGAGGGAGAGAGAGAGAGAGAAAGAGAGAAAGCAGCAAAAAAGUAAACAGACAUGAGACGAGUACCGCGAGAGAGCCAAAGACUAAAUUAGUAUGAAAAAGGCUCCAAAUCAUCCAGGUGUCCAACAAGUGCAGAUUACAAUCCAAGAUGAAAUGACAUGCAGUAUAUAACGCUUAAUAGCUUUAGUCUCAGGAAGGACGGGGCAGGGAAACAGAGCUGUAGGACUCAGAACAGUGGCAUUGAGUAGGAGGCUAUGAGGAAAGUGAUGGUGUGUGUGUGAGUGUGUGUGUGUGUGUGUGUGUGUGUGCGCGCCAUGUCCUAGUGACAGCUGAGGUACAGGGAUGAAAGGAGGGAGAGAUAAAACAAUAAGGAAAAUGUGGAAAUGAUCAUUUGACCCCGCUAUUACCCAGAGAGCACCUUAACUUACUAGGAAACACAUCUGGGGUUGACCUGCGCCAGAUUAUGGUCAGAUCAGUUCCAAAGUAGGUUUGGGGCUCUAUACUAUUAGGUUUUAGGCUCUAUACUAGUAGGUUUGGGGCUCUAUACUAUUUAAUUUGGGAACCCAGUUGAACUUUUCCAUGUAUUUCAUGCGCUCACUGCUCUGUAAGCAACAUAGACGGUGCCUUAGAUAGAAGAUAAAAAGAAGAUGUACAGCUGCAGGAUGUUCAGGUCUACUUAGUGACAGGUUAGGGGUGGAAUGUUCUACUUUACAGCAUGUUCUACAUAUUUCCUGUCCUGCUCACCAGAACCACCAGAGAGCUCCUUGAGCACCAGAGUUCUCAGAGCCAUAAAGGGUUCUUGUGUUCUCUACCAGGAGCAGAACGUAGGACAUGGGACCUUCCGUCAAUCAGUGAGAACAGUACAUUAUAUUAAGCCAAGUGUGUAUACAGCAGUUAUGCUUCAUUCAUGGCGGGUUUGUUAUUUGUGAAUUCUCUGUACUCUGUAUAUCCUGUGAAACUACUCACCUCAUGGUUCUCUGGGCACGUUACAAUGAUUUCCGCAGAAGUGCCACAGAUCUUACAUUUAAAUUAUUAUUAUUUUUUUUUUAUAUAUGAUAGAAAACACUAUUGUGUGUUUUUGCCAGGCCAGUGACACAUGUUUUUUUUUGUCAAUUUUACCUCUGUAUCUAGUAGUGGUAAGUGUUUAUAUACAACCUGUGCCUGUGCCAACCAGUUUUUGCUCUCUUAAGAUCCUGUCUCCUGAUCACACACAGAACACCACCACUAGUAACUAACUCUAAUUUCUGUAUGUUUUGUUUCCUGUUCUUUCUUUAAGUAUUACUCACAGAUUUGUAUACUAACACUAACUUAAGAUAAGCUGUGAAAAAAUGCUAUGGUCCGGUUGUACAUGUUUUUUAAAUAAACACAAGUGUCUAACAACUACA